AUGGAACCCGCAUCUUUCAAAAAGCCUCGGACUGGCGCCUCACCUCCUAGGCGGUUUGAAAUACCUCCCGCCGCGUCUCGUCCUGCUGUGCCUAUGACAAAUCGUGACGGCCCAUUUUCUCCCCUCUUCUUCUCACAUACCCCGUCAAGACGACUGGGACGGCCGACGGGCUCAUCACCUGAUGUUAGUGCCAGUAUGCUUUCGAGAACUAGGGAAGAGCCAUCGAGCGCCGUCACAACCGUGAAGCUACCUCAUGCGAAUGUUAAACCGGUGACAUCGGCCAUGCCUGGCAGUACGCCGCCUAGUCUGGGCUCGUCAGUCGACAUGUCGGCCCCGGCUUUGAGCCCAGAGCUUCGAAUUGCAUCACCAAACUUGCAGCUUAUCCAAAGCAUCGGGGCCAUGGAACUAGUAGAACAGGAUAGCAGGCCAACAUUUCUCAUCGACACGCUAACCCCAGCCAACACCCCUCCUAACCAACCCUCUCUACAUAUUUUAUACGGCAACGCCUCGUUACGUUCAUCUCGAGAUAUAGCUGAACUUGUCGGUAUGGAACCUGCUGAAACCGUGGACGUGGCCAACUUUGAGCGGUUUGCAUCCUGGGCGACAUCGUCACCCAGCAGCCGAGCCAGUCAGGAACCAACGUCGAUAUUUCACGUGUAUGGCGGUAUUAAUUGGACUUAUGUUACCGUUCGCCAACGAUUUCGCUUCGUCAGCGGCAAUGUCACUCGUGCUGGCCACUCAACUACUAGGCCGAGUUCUGCCGCACCGAUUUCAAACGAUUCCAUCCCCAUUCCGACGAACACUUCUAUUGUCUCCCAACCUAUGCCGGUCACGCCUGUGGUUGGCUCUGUUGGCUCUGUUGGCCCUCCAGACUACUUCGGUGAUGCUGUUCCUGGUGCUCAAGGAGAUGAACAACUCAUGGAUGCUAUCCAGACAAAACUAGAUGACGCCGCAGCACCCUUGAAUCAUCCGGAUGAAUUCACUAAUCAGGUUCUGCAACAAGUGCAACCAACCAAGCCGUCCUUUGACUGGACUGUGAUACCACUGCAUGACAAUCUUCCCGAUCAUAUCAAAUUUGCGAAAACACGAGAUUGGACUUCCACCGCCCUCGGGUCCAUGACUUACUGGUCACCUGAUCUUAGAACGAUGUCUAGUCUGGUCAUGGCCAGCCCACACCCUGCAGCCAUGUACUGGGGCUCGGAUAUGGUGAUAAUAUACAAUGAAGCCUACAUUUCCUUGGCCGGGAAGAAGCAUCCGGAUUUGAUGGGAAUGAAUUUUGCCGAUGGAUGGCCUGAAAUUUGGGGGGAAAUGGAGCCCAUCUUUGAUAAUGCCUGGAAGUCAGGACAGUCGACAAUGAAACACGAUAAUCGGUUAUUCAUUAAACGUAAUAGGUUCCUCGAGGAAACGUUCUUUUCCUGGGCACUUAUCCCGCUAAUUGGCAAUGAUGGCGAAGUGGUUGGGUUGUAUAGCCCUUGUUUCGAAAACACCCGUCGAACAAUCAACGAGAGACGCAUGCUCACGCUCCGUGAGAUGGGUGAAAGGGUAGCCACAGCCACGACUGUGACAGGGUUUUGGCCCCAGGUGCAGCUCGGCUUAGAGUAUAAUGAGUUCGACAUACCGUUUAGCAUCAUCUACUCGGUACGAGAGGAAUAUGAGGGUGAAGUAUCCUCGCUUCACUCGGGCAGUCUGUUACCGCCGUCGCAACUCGCAUUAGAAGGGUCUCCCGGUGUCCCCGAUGGACACGUGGCUGCACCGCCAUCCUUGGAUCUCAAGUCAUCUGAUGAAGGCUUUGCCCCCUAUAUGCGUCAAUGUAUGGCGAUGGGCGGGGCGCCGGUCGUUCUUUCCGAGGAAGCUGGAAAUCUGCCGAAACGUCUGCUCGAUGGGCUUCAAUGCCGAGGUUUUCCUGAUCCAUGCUCAACGGUUGUUGUCUUACCUGUUGUGCCUACCACUACAAAAGCCAUCGCCGGGUUCAUUGUUAUGGGAACAAAUCCCAGGCGGCCAUACGACGAAGACUACAAACUUUUUGUGGACCUUCUCUCCAGACAGCUCGCAACAUCCAUGGCGUCAGUGGUAUUGUUCGAGGAAGAAAUUAAACGAGGUCAACGCGCAGCACGCCUUGCAGCUCUCGACAGGCAAGAACUUUCAAAACAGCUGAUUCAAAGAACGCAGGAGGCAAACGAAAGCGAGUAUCGAUUCACUCGCAUGGCUGAGUUCGCCCCAGUCGGUAUGUUUAUUGCUGAUGCCGUUGGGUCCAUCAACUAUUGCAACGACAUGUGGUGGCAGAUUUCUCGACACACCCGCUUGCAAGACGCCGAGAGCGGUUGGAUGGAUAGUGUUCGAGACGAAGACAGACCUGCUCUGGAAGCUGCAUGGUCUCAACUGGUUAAGGAGAAAGUGACCAUUUCCCUCGAGUUUCGAUUUAAGUGCUCACAGCAAAGUGGCUGCAACACAAUCGACACAUGGGUAUUGAUGAGUGCAUUUCCGGAGAAGACACUAGAUGGAGCAUUGAAGUCUAUUUUCGGCUGUAUUACGGAUAUCUCGUCACAGAAAUGGGCAGAAAAGGUUCAGAACGAGCGGAGAGAAGAGGCCGUGGAGCUAAAGAGACAACAAGAAAACUUCAUCGAUAUUACGAGUCACGAAAUGCGGAAUCCAUUGUCAGCUAUUCUCCAAUGCGCCGAUCAAAUUGCAAAUAAUAUUUCUGCUUUUACAGUACAUAAAGACAAGAAUGAGCUUGAGAAUUUGCUAGAGGGCUGCUUAGAUGCGGCCAACACCAUCAAUCUCUGUGCUAGUCACCAGAAGCGCAUCGUGGAUGACGUCUUGACCCUUUCGAAGCUGGAUUCCAAAUUGCUGGCCGUUGCUCCUGCGGACGUGCAACCCAUCAAACUCGUACAAUCAACACUGAAAAUGUUUGAGCCUGAAUUGGUCGCUCAUGAUAUCGAGUUUGAAUUCAAUGUUGAUGACAACUUCGAACGCCAUAAUGUUGCGUGGGCAAAGUUGGAUCCUUCCAGGUUAAACCAGGUUUUGAUUAAUCUCAUGACUAAUGCAAUCAAAUUUACACAAGGCCGUGAGCGCCGCUGUAUAAUUGUAAAGGUUAGCGCAUCCAGAGACAUAUCAGAGGUCACCAGUACUGGGGUAUCGUACUUCAGCCGAAUUAACAAUCAACGAGCUCCAAGUAUGGAUAUCACCAACGAAGCAGAAUGGGGCACAGGCGACGUGAUCCAUAUACACUGCUCUGUGGAAGAUACUGGGCCAGGCUUGGCGGAAGAGGAAAUGAAGCUCUUGUUCCAGCGGUUCCAGCAGGCGACACCACGAACUCACGUUCAAUAUGGCGGAUCUGGACUUGGACUCUUCAUUUCCAGGAUACUGACUGAGAUGCAAGGGGGCCAGAUCGGUGUCUCGUCAAAGGCAGGCGUGGGCAGCAAGUUCAACUUCUACGUUCAAUGUCGAAAAUGUGUUCAUCCUCCCGCUAAGCACGAUCGCAUCUCGCCAUUCAAAAUUGGACGCAAGGUUAUUGUUCCUCCUCCUGCUUCGCCUCUACCAGUUCCAGAGACUGCACCAAAGCUCAACGAUCGCUCUCUCCUCCGAAGCAGUUCCGCUUCGGGGAACCGAUCUCCUUUUGAUGUUCUUAUUGUCGAAGACAAUAUCGUAAAUCAAAAAGUCUUGCAAAGACAACUGCGACAUUGUGGAAAUAAUACGUUUGUCGCAAAUCAUGGCUUUGAAGCUCUGCAGACUCUCCAGAAAUCCAGGUUCUGGGCAGGACAGGAACAAGAUGGAGUCGACAUUUCUGUAAUUCUUAUGGAUUUGGAAAUGCCGGUAAUGGAUGGAAUGACGUGUGCAAGGAAGAUUCGUGAACUAGAGAGAGAGGGCACUAUCGUUGCACAUAUUCCAAUCAUAGCAGUUACGGCUUAUGCACGACCUGAGCAAAUUGAGAGCGCUAAAGCCGCUGGCAUUGAUGACGUUAUAUCUAAGCCUUUCCGCAUCCCGGAGCUUCUUCCAAAGAUUGAGGAGCUCGUCAGCAAGUACAAGAAUCUUUCGUUCAGCAGCGAUGCAUAA